AUAGGUGGCAGGCGCGAACAAUGAUCACAAUAGACUGCAACCCCCCUUGCCAACUCAGGCCUUUGCUCACUUUGUGAUGUUGCUAUGUUAGAAAGUUCGUAGAAUCGGGAAAUGGGAACGUCACAUUGUAAACGUCAAGGUCAUGAAUCUCGUAUCGCCUGUUGAGUGUUGACUAAUGAAAUACGUUUACUCUUAAAGAAAAAGUAUGUAACAGUUUAGAAAUGUCCUACCGUUUUGUGUUGUGUUGUGUUCUCUUUCAAACCAUUGUUGUCAGUCAAGAACUAAGUGCUGCUAUCGACCAGCAUCCAGAAAGUUUUUGGAAAUGUUCUCAACGUGAAAAUCCUGAAUGUCAAUGCUUUCCGAAGACAAAUGGCGAUUUCAACUUACAAUGUUCAGUUGGUGAGGGUUCUAUUUCAGCAGAUUAUAAAGCUCUUAAAGACAAUGGUGACAGUUCAUUUGAAAUUCAGUGUUCAUGUGAUGAAACAAACCUUCUCACAGAAUCUGUUUACAAAUAUGUUAAAGGAAUUCCAACUAGCAAUAUUUCAUUUCUGAAAUUCAAUUUCUGUCCGCUUCCAAAGGAUAGUUUGUCCACAUUCUUAGGGAGGCAUAUGAAUCUCAGCUUCAUUCAGAGAAUUGCACUUCGUUCAUGCUCUCCUGUUCAAACUCUUCAUCAUGAUUCAUUUCGGAACAUGCCACAACUUGAAAUUCUAAAUUUACAGAACAAUCAACUUGAAAAUUUUCCAGAUGAUUUAUUCGAUGAUCAAUUAAACUUGAAGACACUUUGGCUAGACAGUAACAAACUUCAAAAAAUAAGUGGCAAAAUAUUCAAAAAUAUUCCUCAACUAAUUUCCCUACAAUUGGGCUCAAAUGUAAUAAAACAAUUAGAAAUCGGUGCCUUCAGUAAUCUCCCAAACUUGUUUCAAUUGAACCUCCAAAACAAUCAACUUGAUAUACUUCCUUCUGAUGUUCUACAAUCCCUGGCAAAUUUAAAAUAUCUAGAUCUGAGUAAUAAUAAGCUAACAAGUUUGGACAAGGAUGCUUUCCAGUUCAACACACAAUUGAUUGAACUUUUUUUGCGAAAUAACUCGCUAGAAGUACUGCCAGAAGGAGUAUUCCGUAAUAACAAAAUGCUGGAAAAGAUAUCUUUACAAUUAAACACCAAGCUCUCUACUGUUCAUCGUGGUGUCUUCGAAAAUCUAGAGUCUUUGAUAGUCCUAGAUUUGAGUUAUUGUUCCUUCAACCAGUCGUCUUUCAACAAACAUGCUUUUUCAAAUUUAACCAAACUUGCCAAACUUAAUCUGUCACGAAAUAAGCUAAAUGGAUUGCAUUCAGAUUGGUUCAUUGGACUUACCAAUUUGACCGAUUUGGAUUUGUCGUGGAAUUCGAUUUCAAGCAUCGAGGAUAAUAUGUUUAGUAACUUGGGACUUUUGAGUACUCUCAAGCUCAAUGGAAAUACCCUUGUUCUAAUUGAAGCCAACGUUUUCCGAGGCAUUCGAGCCUUGAAAAGCCUAUAUCUUGAAGAUAAUCAAAUUGAAGUUAUUCAACCAGCAGCCAUGGAAUAUUUGAAAGAAUUAACUACUAUUAAUUUAGCACGCAAUCGCCUGAAAUUCGAUGAAGGUCUUGUCAGUCCUCUCGACGGCUGGAGACAAUCUCCGCUACAGUACAACUUAAAAUUAGAAUUAAUCGAUCUGUCUGAAAACCAAAUCGCUGAUCUAUAUUCCGACUGGGGUUUGAUGAAAUCGUUGACUCGCCUCAUCUUGAGCCACAAUCAAAUGACAAGUUUUGCCAUCUCCGACAUAUCAAGAUUAUCUCCGACACGAGACUUUAUUUUGGAUCUUCGUAACAAUCAAAUCACACAAGUAUAUUUCCAAUCGGCCGAAGAAGUUGACGGACGAUCGGAUGAUGGAAAAACUGAAGAUCCUAUCGCGAAAAAGAUAGUGUUUCUUGAUGAUAAUCCCCUGUUAUGCGAUUGUGGUGCAUACUUUAUGGCACAGUACAUGAACCGAUCAAUGCCGGCCGUAAGGCAUUCUUGGAAGAUAAUCGCACCCAAGCUAACCUGUGAGCAGCCAGCCUCACUUUCCGGCAUCGCGCCUACUGAAGUUAAUCCUUCUCAGUUUCUUUGCAAUUGCCCUGCACACCCUGAAAAUAAUUGGCCCUGCGAAUGUUACCUACGACCAGUGGAUAGAACAGUGUUGUUUAACUGUCAACACAAGAACCUAAAGGAAAUCCCUACUCGCUUACCCCAACUUGCCGGCUACAAGGUUCAAAUGAAUCUUUCGUCCAAUUCGAUUAAUAUCGGACAAGUGAACCCAAACUCGUUAAACUGUUGCACAGAUGUGACCACGCUAGACUUGAGCAGAAACGGAAUGGAGUCUUCAGUGUUUGAUACUCUCAAUUGGGCUCCAAAUCUACUCCUCCGUUUCCCUAGUCUCAAUCGACUAGACCUUACUUAUAACAAUUUCAAUUCGAUUCCUAAUGGAGUUAUUGAUGCGUGGAAUGGAACGCGCAAUUUAACUUACAGUUUAAGUGGAAACCCUUGGAGAUGCGACUGUACAAACCUGGCGCUACUGAAAUUCAUAUAUGGUUCAUGGAAACGCGUGGAAGAUUUCAACCAGAUGAGGUGUGAUAACGGACUAUUUAUUUCUGAAUUGUCUGUUGAAAAAUUAUGCCCUUCGCUGAAUGCCGUGUCGAAAUAUUUGACUGUAGCGAUGCCAGUUUUAGCUUUGCUGGUAUUUUGUAUAUGCACGAUAUUUUACCGUUCUCGACGAGUAAUACGUGCCUGGCUUUACAACCACCAAUUUUGCUUAUGGUGCGUUGUUCAAGAAGAAGAAGAAAAUGACGAUCGAAUUUAUGACGCUUUUAUCAGCUUCUCUCACAAUGACGAGAAAUUUGUCGAUGAGCUUGUGGCCCAACUGGAGCGACCUCCAGUUGGUUUGCCCAAUUACCAACUUUGUCUUCAUCAUCGCGAUUGGUUGGCAGGUGAAUGGAUUCCUGAUCAAAUUGUUCGCUCGGUGGCUUCUUCUAAAAGAACGGUUGUAAUCUUGACCGAAAAUUUCUUGGACAGUUUUUGGGGAAAGCUGGAAUUCCGAACUGCUUAUCAACAGGUGCUUAAGGAUAAACGCAUGCGACUUAUUGUUAUCGUAAAAGGAGAACUUCCUCCGAGAGACAAAAUGGAUACAGAGCUUCAAACUUACCUUUCCUUGAACACAUAUCUGAAAUAUGAUGAUCCGUUUUUCAUGGAGCGACUACGAUACGCCUUACCCCACAAGAAAAACACUAUUGAGCCUGGUUCAAGAAUAACGCAAGCGAUUAUCCAGCAUAGUGACUCGGUCGGCAAAGAUCAAGCAAACGGACUUAAGCCCAAUCAUCUUCCAUCCUUGCCAUUUCUCACUGAUCGUGAAAAACAAAAGAUACAUGUGAUGUUGCCUCCUGAUAUCGAAAUGUCUCUGACACCGACCAGUUCAGCAAGUUCAACGGCCCCCUUUUUCCCUCAUUCUCCGAAGUGAGGCGAUCGAGUUUGAAUUUUUGGAUAUGAAUGUGUCGCUUAUGAAGCAUAUAUGUAUGUGCUUGUUUUGCCUUAUAACGUGUCUUGAAGUGCAAUCUAGUUUAUUUGGUACAAAGUUCGUAGAUGUAACAUCUUUUUAGCGCUAACUCACACUAUGGGAAACAAUAUUAAUGCGGCUAAUGUUUGUAAUUCUUUUUGGUGACUUGUAUUUCUAUCGCGCUUUCUUUCGCAUUGUGUAAUUGCUAUGAAGACAUUUUGAAAUUGAUUUGUAUGUUGUGUA